UAAUUCACAUUACUCUUGAAAUUUUAAAUUUCUGAAUUAUUACUGUUUUAAGGAGUUAGAUUAUUUUCAGUAGUAAAUUAUGAAUAAUUUAUUUAGGUUUACUUUUUUUCUAAAUUCUAAGUAAAUAAUUAUUUUUAUUAAAAUUCUAACUCUUUCUUACUUUAUAUCAAAGGUGAACUUUCUGUAUUUGUGCUUAUUUAGCUUUCUCUUUGCUUUUGUGAUUCAUAUUCUUGCAUGUAUUUAUUUAUUAUCAUGUCUAUUGCUUAUAUGCUUUAAGCAUCUAAUUCACUAUCUUAAAAACAUAAAUAACACUUCAUUUCUAUUGUAUCUAUAUUUUUUCCUUACUAUGCUUGUUACUUUUUUACUCUACCCUCACCUUUAAAUACACUCACUGCCAUACAUUCUAAACAAAAAUUAUGA